UCUGAAGUUGCUAGAAGUUUACAAAAAAGGAAGUGCAGGCACAUUUCACAAUUCUACAAUCUGUAAGUAUCACAUCCUGUGUGGCCGCAAACACUAGACUAAGGAAGGGCCAGUGACUUUCAAAAGAUGAAGACAAGGAGGAACUAUUGAUAGGAGUGCCGAGGACCCAGGGUUAAAACCGCUUGGGAGCUUCUGAGAACUCAGCUGAAACCACGGGCACAGCAUUGGCAGCACCAUCAUGAUAUCGCAACCCAUGACCAAUGAGACCAUUGUAGUGCUCUCAACAAAUGACAUGAACCUCUCCCAAGCAACGGGACCCCAACCCACAAACAAGAGGCAAGAUAGCCUGAAGAAAUAUCUAAGGGAUGAAGUCAACGUUAUUGGGGCUAUCCAGAUCUUUUGUGGCGUGAUGAUCUUGAACUUGGGAAUCAUUUUAGCGUCGGCUUACUUCUCUCCAUAUUUUACUCGUGUGUUUUCUACCCUGUUGAAGUCGGGUUACCCAUUCACAGGAUCCUUGUGUUUUAUCGUUUCUGGCUCUCUCUCAGUCAUCACGGACAAAAGGUCAACUAAGACUUUGGUUCGCGGCAGCCUGGCUGGAAGCAUUCUGAGCACUCUGUGCGCUCUAGUGGGUUUCAUUCUCCUCUCUGUCACCCUGGCUGCUUUGACUCCUGCUUCACUGGAGUGUCAGUUGGACAACGAUAACAGGCCCACUCAAGCUUACCAUUAUUACUUUUUUUUUCAUUCAUAUAUGAAGGACUGCUUUAUUGGUGAAAGCAGCCUGUUUGGAACGUUGUCUCUGAUGCUGGUUUGCACAGUGCUGGAGUUCUGCCUAGCUGUGCUCACUUCCGUGCUUUGGUGGAAACAAGCUAACUCUGACUUCCAGGAGGUUGUGCAUUUCCUGCCUCAGAAUUACACGGAUGCAUCCAGCACGCACUCAAGGAAAGGUGGCCGUGGAUAUCAAGAGCUAGGGAAUCCUUAGGAAAAAGGGCAGGGGUUGGGGGUGGAAUAUUCAUCAGAAAGUUGGUCUUUUGGAUAAUGUAGAAAACCUAAUAAUUAUUUAAAAGGCAUUUUCCUAAAUGUGAGCUUGUUAGGCAAUGAACAUUUUUAAAAAUUGUUCUCUUCUAAUUGCAUAGAUAUGUUGAAUGAGGGUCUAUUGAUUUGCCUGAUAUUGACUUCAACAAAAGCACAGAGCUAUAAAUUACCUUUUCCUAGACUGUUAAAAUAGUCAUAUAUGGUACUGAGAAAACUAGGCAGAAUGAAGAUGAUUCAGUGGGUCUUGGUGGUGCAAAGGAGACAUUUUUUCUUGUACCCCUUAAUUGUCAACAUGAGUUAACUGAGUUUUUGGGGUGUUCAGACUCCUUUAUAAUAGGCUAUAGCGUUUUAACACAUGUACUUUACUCAUUAGUAUAUGGAAACAAGUUCCCUAUGAUGAAUUUCAGGGUGUAUAAAAGUAGCUGGCUUCAAAAUAAAAAUAUUUGAGUGCAUAUUUUAUUUGAAAACU